GGGCCGCACAGUCAUUCCGCGUUACGUCACUCACGGAGCGCGGCGCGACGACGAAUGACUACCGCACGCGCUUCUUUCUGUAGCUCUUAUUACACAUAUACAGACUGCACAGUCAACUCGCGGCUAUAUAUUCUCUCUGCCUUUAUCUAGAGACACCGCAUAAAAACGCACACACAUACACACACACACACACACACACACACUUGUACUCUCGAUUCUCUCUCGUAAACUCCCGGUUGAUAGGUAGACUCUCAAUGGCUGCCACAAACUUGCGAAGCUGGCCUUCACUCUAGAUGCACUGCGUACAAAGCUAGAUAAAAACACACGAGAGAUCGACUCGACCGUAUAGAUUUUUCUCUCGAGAACUGAGCAAAAAAAGAGAUCGCUCUCCGAAUGAUAUUCAAAAGUAUGUACUCUCGAAUCAAAUGAUGAAACGCGGCUCGUGAAGUAUAAUCGUCUCGUCGUCGCCCUGGGCGUCCCGCGCGCGACAUCUGAGUAAACGAGAGAGAGAGAGAGAAAGAACCGGACAUCGUCUACGCGGAAAAACAGCUAAACUGUGAGUGUCCGACGACGACGACGACGACGACAAGCUGCUCGUCGCCGCUGCCAAGGACAGGAGGAGAGUUGAAGGGAAGGAAUCGUCGUCUUGCACCAGAAGAUUUCUAAAGGGCUUCCUCGAUGCUAACGACGGACAGGAUAGCCGCGUCAUCAACGAACGAGCGUUGCACUAGGUGACAUGCCUAGCAGUCGUGAUAUCGAACGCGCGGAACGCAACGGACGUUACAAGCCCGCGCGCAGGAAGGACAGCAGCAGCAGCCUGAGCGGCGGAGGUGGCGUCGAGCCGAGCAGCAGCAACAGUCGAGGGCCCCACGCGUACGAGGUAGCGGCAGCGGCGGCAGCUGCAGCGGUCGCCACGUCGGUCGGUGCCGAGGCGGUCGCCGGCUCGGCCAAGCGGCACCGUAGGCAUGGCAAGAGCGGCCGCACCUCCUCCAAGAAGAAGAAGAAGCGCUCGCGCGACGACAAGCUGCUCGCGGGCUCGCAGUCCCUGACUAGCAAGAAGCCCCUGGUCGAGUACUCGGACGUCUCGAGCGAAGACCUCUCCGAGCCCGAGGCCGGCGAGAUCCAGUCCGAGGGCAACAGCUACACCGACGGUGAGCUGCCCGACUCGGCCGCCGGCGGUCACCACCUGCAGCGCACCCGCUACUAUGGGGGUGGCCUCUCGCCUAUCAGCCUCUCGCCGACGCCACCAGCCAUGCACUCUCGACACUCCAAGAAGCAGCUCUACGACGAGGAUAUGUCCGAGCACUACGCCCCGGAGGACGAGCGCCGUCGUCUGUCCUCGCGGCGCAAGGAGAAGAAGCACAAGCGCGACAAGAAGAAGAAGCGCUCGAGCCUGAGCCCUCUGAGCUCCAGCAGCGGCCUUGGCAAAAAGAAGAAGCGCAAGUCCAAGCGGGCCUCGCGCAGUCUCAGUCCCAACGUCAUCGUCGCCGGCAACGAGCUGCUCCACUCCCAGGCCCUGGCCAACUGGCGGCUCCAGCACCCGGGGCCCUCGCCGCCUAUGAUGACGCUCAAGGACAGCACGUCACCCAUCUCGCCGGCCACGCCGCCCGAGCGGCGCUCGCCCAGCGACAUGGAGCUCGAGUCGCCGCCGCCGCCCUCCUCGCGACACCCCCUAACGCCCCCGCCCCAGGGCCAUCACAAGCAGCAGCACGUGUCUUCGCCACACACGCCACUGCUGCCGCCGCGGGCCACCACGCCCGACGGCCACCACCAGUCCAAGUCCAAGUCCGGCCACCACAGCCCGGACUCGCGCCACAAGUCGCACUCGAGCCCGAACCACGUAAGCUCGAGUCGGCGCAGGCCCCACAGUCCUAGCCCGCCGCCCAGUCGGCGCCGCGAGCACAGUCCGCCCCGGCGGAGGGACUACAGUCCCAACCACUCGUCCAUGCACAGGAUCGGCAGGCACAGUCCCAGUCCGUCCCUGUCGUCGCGUCGCCGGGACUUCAGCCCGAGUCCCGGCUCGCACAGAAGGAGCAGGGCCGACGAAAUGCUGCUCAGGUCGCCGACGUCCAGCAAGAGGAGAAGGCGGGACGAGUCUGCCCGGAGACACAGGCACGAGAAGGACCGGAGGGAUAAGAGGAAGGCCAGAAGCCCCGUUGGCUCCAGACUGACGGGCCACCUGUCGCGCUCGCGAUCUCGCAGUCCGCACCGCUGGCGCAAGAGUUCGCGCUCGCAGUCUCGAUCGAGACGACGCAGUCGGACGCCCAAGAAGUCGCGCUCUCCCAGCGGAAAGCACAAGUCCUCGCGCAAGCACCGCUCCAAGAGUCCACGGAUCUCGCGCAUACCCUCACCGGUACAUCGCUUGAGCCGGAAGUCGCCCACUAGCAUUCACGAGCGAAACCUCAAGGUUCAGGCUAAAAUCAGCGAGACCAGUCUCUUCGCCGAGCUCGUCAAAGACCGAAAUAUGAGGGAACUAGCCUUCAAAAAGUUGCAGGCAGCCCAGGAGAAGGCCAAUCAGGACGAGGUGCAGAUAAUCGAGGGCUCUGAUGAAAAGGACAACAGCAAUGGCUCUUCAUCCACGACGACCGUCAUGAACGACAAGUCUUCGACGGCAGCGACGACGCCCUGCGCGAGUAUGGACUUGACGUGCGACGUCGUCGACAUACCCGUACCGACAAUGGCCAAUACUCCAACCUCGAUAACCAUGCCUGCUGCUCAGACGCAAACGCAGUUGCAGGUUCCUCCAACGGUCGUGCCGGUUGUACCAGUGGUUAACACUCCUGUGCCACCAUUGUCUGUAUCUGCGAGCGUUAAUCUUACAGGUUCGGCGACGUUUAGCGCAACGACGGCGACGACGACUACAGCAAUAUUACAAACGCCGGCUGCUUCGGAAGAAGUCCCGUCGGCUGCUAAGACGCCUCCGUUGCCAGGACCCUCUGCGACGAUCAUCCCGCAGCAACAAAAGACCGAGACCGCGAACACCGCGUCGGUACACGUUGGUGCUACCGUGCCCUCGCAAUCCAUUCGUAUAUACAAUUCUCCGGCGCUUGGUAACGAUGCGCCAGCUAGUGUCAAUACCCCGGCUAUCUUGGUCACAGGUGUACAGUCUGUUCCUCCGGCAACUCAACAGAUACCGUCGCAGCAACAAUUACAACAGCUUCAACAGCUGCAGCUGCUACAACAACAGCAGCAAUUGCAUCAGCAGCAACAGCAACAAAUCCAGCAGCAGUUGCAACAACAGCAACAACAACAGCAACAACAACAGCAGCAGCAACACCAUCAUCAUCAUCCCGAGAUCAAGACAGGUCCAUCUCAAGUGCCUGCCCUAGUGCCUCUUCCCGUGCCAGCUCCGCCUUCCUCCACAGUUUCCGCCGCGCCCGUGGUUGCGCAUCCUCAUAAUGUAGUCACUGUUCCUACUCCGACGCCAGCAUCCGUUAUUCCUAUUUCUCCUGCAAUCGCCAAAUUCAGUACACCCAACAAUCUGGUUACCCUCAAAACAGCAGAGCCAUCUAAGCCGCUUAUUUCUUUCAAGACUAAGAGCUUGUCUAAACUCCCUCUGCCACCGGGCAUUAACCAGAAUGAUCUGGAAAGCAUAGACUCACCACCAAGCCGUUCACCAAGUCCACCACCCGUGCCCGUCACUCCUAAAGCGCCCACGAAAGUUGUCUUGCCCACAACGCCCAUGAUAGCCGCAGCUACGGCACCCACAACGCCAAAACCGACGUCUCAUAGGAAGAGUAUCAAAGAUCUGCCGAUGCCACCAGUUACAGUUGUACCAGGUUCGGAAGAUCUCAGUGGAGAGGACGAUGCCACAGCUACUCCACCGCGAAAUAAAGUAGAACGAAUACCUCCUAAACCAAAGCUAAAGAGACCUAAAAUCCUAAAGAGAAGAACCUCCCGCAAUAAUCACAUGCCAAUGUCAGCGUCGGGCGGAAAAGACUGGGGUGAGAGAUGUGUCGAUGUAUUUAAGGUUAUCGAUCAAAUCGGCGAAGGUACUUAUGGUCAGGUGUACAAGGCGCAAGACAAGAGAGAAAAAGUAAUCGUUGCCUUGAAGAAAGUUCGAUUGGAGAAUGAGAAGGACGGUUUUCCUAUUACGGCUGUACGUGAAAUCAAAAUAUUACGACAGCUUAACCACAAAAAUAUUGUCAAUCUUCGAGAAAUUGUAACGGAUAAGCAAGAUGCUCUGGAUUUUAGAAAUGACAAAGGAUCUUUCUAUUUAGUUUUCGAAUACAUGGAUCAUGAUUUGAUGGGCCUGUUAGAAUCAGGAAUGGUAGAUUUUAACGAAAUGAAUAACGCGAGCAUCAUGAAACAAUUGUUAGACGGUUUGAAUUACUGUCAUAGCAAGAAUUUUUUGCAUCGUGAUAUAAAGUGUUCCAAUAUUCUUAUGAAUAAUAAGGGUGAAGUCAAGUUAGCUGAUUUUGGUUUGGCAAGACUUUAUAAUGCUGAAGACAGGCAACGUCCUUACACCAAUAAGGUCAUUACCCUUUGGUAUAGACCACCAGAAUUACUGUUGGGAGAGGAGCGUUAUGGUCCCGCUAUAGACGUGUGGAGUUGCGGAUGCAUUUUAGGAGAACUGUUCUUAAAGAAACCACUUUUCCAAGCUAAUGUAGAAAUGAUGCAGUUAGAUAUCAUUUCCAAAGUUUGUGGUACGCCGACGCCAGCAGUAUGGCCAUCUGUGAUAAAGCUGCCACUCUGGCACACAUUAAAACCGAAAAAGACGUACAGACGACGGCUUCGGGAAGAUUUCUCAUUUAUGCCUGCAGCAGCUUUGGAUUUAUUGGAUGAAAUGUUGGUAUUAGAUCCAGAAAAACGUAUAACGGCUGCUGAUGCAUUAAAAAGCCCUUGGCUGAAAAACGUGCAACCAGAACAAAUGCCAUCGCCUCAAUUGCCAACAUGGCAAGAUUGUCAUGAGCUGUGGAGUAAAAAGAGAAGACGUCAAUUACAAGGACAAAAAGAUAAUUCACAGGGCAGAGUUCCUCUUCUGACCGUACCAAAUAGAGGUGGCGUACAAAAACCGAUAGAGGAUCUAUCUGACGUCGGGGGAUCAUCUAAAAGAUUGAAAAUGGAGGCAGGCUACAAUUCCCAUCGAUACAAUUCAGAAUUACAGAUGGGUGGAGAUGGAAUGUUUGGUCAAGGUGGUCCAUUUACUUCUUCACCUUAUGGCUACAACAGUCCUCCACUGAUUAAACCUAGGAACAACCCAAAAGAAGGAUCCCAUUUUCCAGAAUAUGUGUCUGAAGAUACCCUUGCUCGUAAAUUGAGUAAUCUAACUGGUGCUUUAAAUCAAGGAAAGCCUAUCAGUGUCGAUGAUCUUAUGUCUCUUAGGACUGAUAAUGAGACUGAUCCCAAGGCAGCACAACUACUUGCAGAAUUACAGACUGAGUUACGCUUGGCCAGUAGUUCAAGACAAAGUGGCUUGCUUGAUCCUCAUCAGCCAGUUCUCAACCCACCGAUACUAGAUGCACCUUUUCCAGCCACAAGCACGAGCCAGAAAGGUAACUUUGAUGCACAUGCCGUGUACGCCGGAGAUGACGCGGUCAGUUCCGGAAGAUGGUCCCAACUUGCGACGGCCGGUGUACGGACAGCUCUAUCCGCUCUUAUGUCGCGAUACGGUUUGGAGCCGUACAAUCCUCCUCCUGUUACCGUCAAUCGACCACCAGGUAAACUGGUCGCUAGCCUGCCGAAUAAUAUUUUCCUGCCCUCGACGUCCUCUCAAUCUGCGUUCAGCUCCUAAAUUUCUUUUCUUCAUGUACAUAAUGUAUAUGUACAGCUUGUUGCGAUCCACAUUGUAAAAAAUAAGUGACUUGCAGAACUAUGGAGUAACUAUUUUCAGAUGAUAAUCUUAGGAAAUCAAAUAUACAUAUAAUGCCAUAUUAGUCUCUUUUUAUAAAGGUUAAAUUUGUGAGUUUGAUUAGGGCAUUUGGCAUUUGAUCAUUGUGCUUGUACAUUGAAAGUAAUGCUGAUUUAACUUCUGAUUAGAAAAAAAAAAGUAUUUGAUAUAUGAUUAAAAUCAAAAGAUAAUCGUGCAAUUAAAUAAUCAUAUAUUUAUUCAUUUUAAUAUCACAGAGAUGCAUAUGGCAUCAGUAUGCACCAGAAGAUUAUUGUUCAUUGUCAAAUAGGCCAAUUUGUACUAAAAGUACGUUACUUUAUUCACUUUGCGUAUUUAUUUAUAAUAUAAGGUGUCUAUAAGUUUUUACAGCAUACCUGCUGUAACUGUAUUUAUGAGAUGUAAUGUAAAUAUUAAGGUACCAUAAUGUUAAUAAAGGAAUAGACUGAAAUACAUAGCUGUUUCUUAA